CAACGCUAAUGUCAUAUCGCGUCGCGAUAUAUUUUAUCUGUGGAUGAUUGUUGAAAGUAAAUGUUUUUUUCUUGAAUUUUAUUUGUUCAGUAGUUCUUGCGGUGGAUUUUGCAAAUAAUACUGAAUCGAAAACAACUAGUGGAUAUGUGAUUUGCCAUUUUAACAAAUAGCCGAUUAAUUAACUUUUAUAUUUUUGUAAUGGUCCCGAAUCGGCGUUAGGUAUAGGUUAUAAUACAUUCGUCAUCAACUAUCACCUGGUUAUGCCAAACUUAUUUUUAGCUUCUAAAAACGCUAAAACGAGGCUGUGUUAAGAGUUAAAAGUGAUCUAUAUUAAAUUCACCUGAUAUUUGAAGUAAAGAAGUCAAGAAAAUGGGCCUGAUCAUAUCAAGAUUUCGCCGCAAGAAAACAACAAUAGAAAUUCUAGAUCGACUCGAAACCGACAUUAAAGGCAUAGAGCGCGAUGGCCAAUACAAGGAACAGACCCACAAACGGGUCAUAGGCUACAUCAUGGCGUACUCCGUGGGGCUAUACGUACUCUUUGCUAUAUUGUACUACUACAUGUAUGUGGGGAGGAGUCAGCAUUGGAUGUAUUCGCUGCUCUAUGCCUCGCCGUUGCUUGUUCUGCCUAUUUUAGUAAUAUUCCUAAGAUCAGGUAUAUCUUGGUACUACAACUGGACUAUAAACAAGAAUAGGCUCAAACUAAGCAAGAUGAGAGCUGAGAAGAAAAAGAUUCUCGAAGAAGUCAUGAAUACUGAGACAUAUAAGGUGGCAAAGGAGAUUCUAGACAAAUACGGGACUCCAGAAGAUCAGUCCAAAGCGUUGAAACCCUUCGUGCCGUCGACGAACGUGCCCGGUAAUGCUUCUAGCACGACGCCCCCAGCCACCCCAGGCCAGUUGCGCCAAAGACAGCAGAUGGCAAUGCAAACAUCUACGCCUAUCAACAACAACAGGAUGCUGGUGCCUAUUGGAAACACUCCCAACCCUGGCUUCAGAGGUGCUAGGCUUAGGUCGGAACAGCUACCGCGGCCGCUUCCCGAAAGGAACCGUUCGGCACUAGACCGAGUGGUGGACUUUCUGCUGAAGGACGGACCCCACAAUCGCAUGGCGCUCAUCUGUUCUGAGUGCUCGGCGCAUAAUGGAAUGGCAAUGACAGAAGAAUUCGACUACGUAUCGUACGUAUGUGCUUACUGCGGCCGUUUCAACCCGGCGCGUAAGCAGAAGCCGGCGGCGCCACUGUUGGCUGCCAGGCCUUUCCCCGCGCUGACCAACAAUGCCAUGCCUGGUAGCGGCGACGACUCGUCCCUACCGAGUUCGGCCAGCGAGAGUGACGACGAUAAGCCGGCGGGCGAUGCUUGUAGGAAACACGGAUCAGAAGGCGAUUCAGAUCGGCCCCCUUCGGCGGAAGGAACGCCGAAAUCCAAUCAGGAUAAGAAAGAAGACUGAGUCAUAUUGUCAAUUUAGAACUUAUAUUAACGAACUUACCUUCCAAUGUGCAAGGUAACUAUUACCUGUUGUGUUUGACAGGGAUUUUGAACCUUAUAAAGUACUAAUAAUGCUUAAUUUUCAGUGGCGUUAAACUACUAGAGUCUUAAACGAAAAUGAAGGCAUUUGAUUGGUCGAAACUAAUUUUAGGGAGUGUUCAACACCUUUGCACUUGAGUGAUGUUAUAGUGAUGUCAAACAAGUUAUCGAUAGUUAAAGUGAUGUUGCACAUUUUGAAGGUUUUUAUCGAUGUUGCUUUGAAGGUGUUUUAUGUGUAUAUCGAUUUGUUGACUAUUAUACAGAGUAAUUAAGACACUUGAAACUUAUUGGCAAUGUUUGAACGAAAAGCUGAUUUAAAAAAAGUUGAAUUUAAUUACCAAAAAGAAUACACCGAUUAAGUAGGCCCCAAAAAUUAAUUAUAGUGGAAGAUCUAAGUCAAAAUCGGAAUUUCUUAAAACCACCAAAAUUGUCAUCGAAAUUGUGUCGUAAUAUCGACUUUAAUGCCUUCAACAUAAGGUAUAUUAUUUCCUGUCAAACAUAACUACUAACUAUCAAAUGAGUGGCGGAAUGGGUAUACAGUUUUAUUUAAUUUCUAUUUAUUUAUUUAACAUUACGUUUGUCGAAGUCUCGAUCUAGCAAACGAUGUUCAAAUUCAGUCUUAGAACUCAAUAAAAUAGUCUAAUUUCUACUAUUUACUUCCAAUCACCACAUGAAAACAUAAUGUAUCGAUAAAAGAUAUCGAUAAUAGGCAAGAGAAAUAUCGAUAAUAGUCACGAAAAACAUCGAUAAAAGGCAAGAAAAAUAUCGAUAAAAGGCAAGAAAAAUAUCGAUAUAAUAUCGAUGUUUAUCGAUAUUUUUGGAAUUAUCGAUAUCUCGUUUACUCGAUAGAGACUAGUUCGAUCUCGAUUGGUCCUUAUUUUGACGACUGACAAUAAAUUUGUUAAUUAUAUUGUCAUUUUUGGUGUUGUGGAUAAACUCUAUAAUAUUAAUUGAAAUGGGUGACCAUAAUAUCAAAAUUAUAAUAAAUUGAUAUUUAUUGAUUGUAAAUAUCAAUAUCCUUGUUUUUUUGCUGACGAUGGAAAUUAGCAACAAUUACAUUUUAUCUUUCUCUUUCACUAAGUAUAUUUAAUACGACAUAAAUGUGGGUUAUGCUUAAUGUAUUUAUACAAGAUCUAUUUAUGUAUUUGCCAAGUUUCAUCGAAAUAUGUUUAGUAUUUCUUGCUUAACCUUUUCACCGCCACGCCAUAUCGGUAUUCCUAUGCCCUGUACGCCAAGCCCGAAAAUCUUAAUUAAAUAUCUACUAAAAAAUACAUAAAAGUAAUGAUUUAAUAGGUUUAUUUUGUAUUUUUCUGCGACCUGUUUUUUGUCGAGUAUAGCCGUUGUUGGCGCACAGGGCACGCUUGCUCAUGUCGGCUAUAGCCGACAUUGGCGUUCAAAAGGUUAAAGGAGUGAAAGACAUGUACAUUUUCUAUUAACAGUGUUUUAAGAAAUGAUCUAUAAUAUUGUCAAUUAUGGUCACCUAUCUCAGUUUAAACAAACGAAAAAACAAAAUAAUAAGCUUUUUACAAACAAAACAAAUAUAAUAAGUUUAAAAUAACAAUUUACGUGCCUUAAAAGUAAUAAAUUAUUAUUCAAUUUUUAUUUGGAACCAUAGAUAUAAAAAACCAUAGAUUCGAACUGCCCCAUUCAUAGAUUCGCUUUAGAAAGUUUAGAUACCAUCAUGUAGUUUCAUCAUUAUUGGUUUAGGCGUUUCGUAGUUUAAAUAGAAAGCGCGUGUUUUAGCUGAGAGUCUUUGUGCUAUCGAUGAAUGUAAUUUUUUGAAGAAAUAAUCAGGUUUCUUGUAUUGAUAUUUAAUCCUACAAAAUUUAAUAGAAUAGGACAUUCAAAAUUAAAUACAAUAUUAAAAUAUUUUAUAUGACAUUCUAAUAAUUUAUGAUUUAUUUCAAUUUGACAUUAAUUUGAGAAUAAAACUGAAAUAAAAUUAACCAUAAAGGAACGUUUAACCAUAAACUGAUUAUGUCUUCAAAAAUAAAAUAUAUAUUGUGCUAUUAAAUAUUUAUGGAAGAGGGUUAGAAUUACCUUUUAAUAGAUAAAUAUAACACACGAUAUCUAUAUCUAAGUAGAUAUAUCUGUUAAAAGGCAAAUUCUAUAAAAUAUCUUCCAUUUAACAGGUUGGUUGAAUACAUUCCAAGAAAUCCGAAAAAGUUACAAAAAAAUAUGUAUAUUUAGUUCCAUCAAUAUCAAUCAGUAAAAACUGAAGUAGUUUCUAAAAAGAUCAAGAUAGUAGCUAUAUCUUUCGAAUUUCGGAAUUCCGAAUGUAUUUAGCCAACUUACAAAAACCUUACUAAUAUUAUAAAUGCGAAAGUAACUCUGCUUUUCUGUCUCGCUUUUCCGCCAAUUUAAAAGAGAUUUUCGAAAGAAAAGCGUGCUCUUGGAGAGGCCUAUGUCCAGCAGUGGACUGCGAUAGGCUGAUGAUGAUGAUGAAAAGAAAUUUUCUACACAGAAAGUAUACACCCUAAGAAAGUAUAUGAGGUACUUUUUACCCAGUUGCGGGAAGUGAGUGAAACUGCUGGGAACAGCUAGUAAAUAAAUAAUUUAUGUAAGUUCUCGAAUCUUCAUAGAGCUAACCAGACAUUUGUUGCGUUAAAGUUGGCUGGUACUUAAUAUAAGUAGGCAUAGUUUUAUUUAUUUUACUAACUACCACCCAGGGACGUAUUCAGGUUUAUUAUAGCUGUAUAAAAUAGAAUAAAUCAAAAUAACUACUAUAUAUUCUGUUCCUAUCUCAUUAUUUAAGUGGACUGUGUACCAUGUACUUUUUCUUCCAAACCAUUUUUAUAAGCCGUAUGAAAAAAGUGCCAAAUUCAUUAUUUAUUUUGAAAUUCUUCCAGAUAUUUAUUGAAAAUUUACUAUAAACUAUAAUUUCACCUAAAUACGUCCCUGGCAUAAUGCCUUCCAAUAACCACAUAUUUAAGAACAAAACGCAUUACUAAUAAGUCCAUAUACGUCCGUACUGUGCGGUGUAUAAUCUACGAAUGACAAAUUGAAGGUCAAAAACUGUUCGACCAAUGAACGCAUAGCAAACAUUUUGUUACUAAAUCAGUCCAUAUAUUAAGGGCCGAUUUUCUUAAUCGCUAGAUAACUUAUAUCUGAAGAAUAUGUUUGGUGUUUUGACACUUUGUACGCGAUACGUAAGCCAUACGCUACGUAUAAAGUCCACCAUUUUGCUACAAAAAAUGUGAUACAUGAAGAACCGCUCGACCGAUUUUGUGAAAACUUCACCUAAACCAUCUACUAAAUAGUCGGAAAAAAGCCCAUUUCGUUUGGAUAGGUAAGAUCGUUCUUCAAAUAUAAAAUUACACCGAAUAGUGGCAUUCAUUUUUAUAUACAUAGAUAUGUCAAAUCGCCAUAUUUGUUCCUCGGAUAGAUGUUUACUAUUGAUUGAAAAAUAUGCCCCAAAAGGCGUAAGAUAUACAGGGUUAUUGGUAAAUGGUAAUAUUAGUAAUAUGGUCCUGAGAGGUUGUUAGUGUUUUAUCUAUAACCCUGUAUACAUGCAACGGAUGGACGUAUAAUAAACUGCAACUUUAACACAUGGCCUUAUUUUAUAUUAUUAUUAAUACUUGGCCAAGAACAACUGCGUAUUUUACAAAAAAAAAAUGUCUGUAUGCCUCGCUCCAAUUUUUUUGACAGAUUAAUUGCGUCCCGAGGCCGUUAAUUUCAGAUGUUUUUUUUUUAAUAAUAAAAUAUGCAAUAAUUAACUAAUUAAUCCCCAAUACUAAAAGUUAAGUUUUUAAACGAUUUAUUAUUUUUCUUUUUAAAAACAAUUGUACAGUUUUUAAGAGAUAUGAUUUUUCUUUAUUUUGUUUCUUGUAACUUGGUAAGGGUUUUUGUUUGAUUUAUUAUAAAUUACUCUUUGUUUACAUUUAAUGUGUUCUUUAUAAAACAUUUCCAGUUUAUUUAUUAACAUAACUAACAUUUUCUUUGGUUGGUCACUUUGGAUAUAGCGGUUUUAGUCAUCGAAAAAAAAAAUCUGAAAGUAUUGUCUUUAGAAUUCAAUAGGUAAUGUGUCAGAGAGAAAAAUGUCUUCAACUUUAAAAAACAUGUAGUUUUUUUCGUAAUAAAUUGUUAUUAUACCGCUUUGACGACCUGGAUGGCGCAAUGGUCACCAUGCCGGACUGCCGAACCGGUCCCGGGUUCGAUUCCCGGCUCGGUCGACAUUUGUGUGAUAAGCAUGCUUGUUAGCCGUGGUCUGGGUGUUACAAUAUGUAAUAAUAAAUAUCUAGCUAUAUGUAUGUAGUUUAUCAGUUGUGUUAGCACCCAUAACACAAGUUAAUUAAUAACUUACCAUGGGGCUAACCGACCGUGUGUGAAAAGGUGUCUCGACAUUAUAUUUUACCGCUAAAUUCGAAGUGCCGACGUUAUUAGGAAAGCGUAUACUCAAAAUGCUUUUUUUUCUAGUCAAAAUACUAAUUUGCGUUUCAAAAUCAAAGAUAAUGGUUGCAUUUAUCCUUGAAGAUGUUUGUCAAACGUCAUUGUGACGCCAUGUUUAAUUUCGUGUCAGAUUGACGUCAGAAAAAUUCAGUUUCGGAUCAAGUGUUGAUAGUUUUUUUCUCCAAAAAUAAAGAUACCCUUUUCUAUAUGAAGUCAUUUUUAUGAAAUUUUAAUGUGGCAAUACCAGGAAUAUGAAAGCAAAAAGCGAUGGAAUAGUUUGGUUAAUAAAAUAAGCACAAUUUGUGACAUUCUUCUUAAGAUUUUGUAAAAAAAUGACUUUUUAUAAUCGUGAACUUUUUGGAACUAUGACAUUUUAGAUAACUUAAAUUGUAGUCUUUUCGAAAGGAAUGUGUUUCUUUAGUUUAUAAAUAUUUAUAAUAGAUUUAAAGUUUGUUUAUACCCUAGACAUUCCUAAAUUAACAUUUUCGGCAUUGAUAGCGUAACAUAGCUUAAAAUAGUUUAUAUCCAUGGAGUUUUUAUAUUUUGUAAAUUAGUCAUUAGAAAAUAACAAUGUUACAACAUGAACGGUUCUUAUUAUUGAUAAUACAAAUUUUGCACGCAUAGUAACAGGUUACUGUUACAUUUGAGAAAUGGCUACUUCUAAAUAACAAUAAUUUUGCAACAAAAUAUAAUAAAAAUACAUAUUACAAAGUGGCUAUUUUACAAAUAAAAAGUAGGUUGUUGAAAAAAGUUUUGUAAUUCCGACUCUAACCAUAGUGGAACUCCUUGGUUACUGGAAAUUGGCGGGAAAUAGAUAAAAAAGUAAAAAAAAGUCGUUAGGUAUGUGAAGAAUUCUCAUAAUAUUGUAAAUAAUGUGAGUCAAGUGAAUAGUGUUGUUGAAUUUGUUAUUUAUUGCUUGUAUCGUUGAUUAGCUAUUUUAUAAUGGAACUAAUAUACAAGUACCCAGUUAUAA